AUGCUGAGCCCGGAGCGCCCGCUCCCCGCGGGGACCCGGCCGGCGGCCGCCGCGCUGCUCCUGCUGCUGCUGCUGCGGGGCGCCGGGGCGCAGAAAGGUGAUGGUUGUGGACACACUGUUCUUGGCCCGGAAAGUGGAACUCUUACUUCAAUAAACUACCCACAGACGUAUCCCAACAGCACGGUGUGCGAGUGGGAGAUUCGUGUAAAAUCCGGACAGAGAGUGCAGCUCAAAUUUGGUGAUUUUGAUAUUGAAGAUUCAGAUGCUUGCCAUUUUAAUUACUUGCGAGUUUACAAUGGAAUUGGACCCACCAGGACAGAGAUAGACCUAAUAACCUGUUUAGACAAUGCAAGUCACUUUUCUGAACCAGAAUUCAAUAAGUAUUGUCCAGCUGGAUGUGUGAUUCCUUUUGCUGAUAUUUCUGGCACUAUUCCUCAUGGAUACAGCGAUUCCUCGUCACUUUGCAUGGCUGGUGUGCAUGCAGGAGUGGUGUCCAAUAUUCUGGGUGGCCAAAUCAAUGUUGUAAUCAGCAAAGGCAUUCCAUAUUAUGAAAGCUCUUUGGCUAACAAUGUCACCUCAAAAGAAGGACUAUUAUCUGUAAGUCUCUUCACGUUUAAGACUAGUGGUUGCUAUGGGACACUGGGAAUGGAAUCUGGAGUAAUCCCCGAUUCUCAGAUUACUGCAUCAUCAAGUCUAGAGUGGCCUGACCAAACAGGCCAGGCAAACAUCUGGACUCCUGAAAGAGCCAGAUUGAAGAGGCCUGGACCUCCUUGGGCUGCUUUUACCACUGAUGGAUAUCAGUGGUUACAAAUAGACCUGAAUAAAGAAAAGAGAAUAACAGGCAUUAUAACUACUGGAUCCACCAUAGUAGAGUACUACUAUUACAUCUCUGCCUACCGAAUUCUAUACAGUGAUGAUGCACAGAAAUGGACAGUAUACAGAGAACCUGGUGUUGAUCAGGAUAAGAUAUUUCAAGGAAACACUGAGUAUUACCGGGAAGUUCGCAAUAACUUCAUUCCACCUAUUAUUGCACGUUUUGUUAGGGUUAACCCGUUAAAAUGGCAUCAGAAAAUUGCAAUGAAAGUGGAACUGCUAGGAUGUCAGUUUAAUAUAGGUCGGGCUCCAAAACUUACCAUGCCGCCACCACCACCACCACAAAGUAACAACGACUUCUCCAUGCAGACUGAUAAAACAACCUCCACUCCUGAGAUCAAAAACACCACUGUGACUCCAACUGUAACCAAAGAUGUGGCACUGGCAGCAGUCCUAGUUCCAGUAUUGGUGAUGGUCUUCACUACUCUCAUUCUGAUCUUAGUGUGUGCAUGGCACUGGAGAAACCGAAAGAAAAAAGCUGAAGGAACAUAUGACUUACCUUACUGGGAUCGCGCAGGGUGGUGGAAAGGCAUGAAGCAGUUUCUUCCUGCCAAGUCAGCAGAGCAUGAAGAAACCCCUGUUCGCUAUAGCAACAGUGAAGUUAGUCACCUGAGACCAAGAGAAGUCCCAACUAUCUUACAGACUGAGUCUGCAGAGUAUGCUCAACCACUGGUAGGGGGAAUCGUUGGCACACUUCAUCAGAGAUCAACCUUUAAACCAGAAGAGGGAAAAGAAGCAAGCUAUGCUGAUGUGGAUCCUUACAACUCACCUGUACAAGAAGUUUAUCAUGCUUACGCUGAACCAUUGCCUGUCACUGGACCAGAAUAUGCAACCCCAAUAAUCAUGGACAUGUCAGGUCAUCCCACUGCACCUCUUGGUGUUUCUUCUAUUUCUACUUUCAAGGCUACAGGGAACCAAGCCCCGCCCAUAGUGGGAACUUGCAAUAAACUCUUAGCUAGGACAGAUAGCUCAUCGUCUGCACAUGCCCUGUAUGAUACACCAAAGGGGAUGCCUGGACCGGAUUCCUCAGUUGAAUUGGUGUACCAGGUACCACAGAGCAUGCCACAUUUCACAGGAAGUUGA